AUGCUUUGCAAUACUAGAUUGGCGGCCUCUAUGGCUCUACGAGCCAAACCAGCAUCUGUCUUCCUUCCUCUGCGAGCAGCUCCAUCAGCAACUAUUUCGUCAACAGCGUCGAAGUUUGCUACUACAGAGGUCACACCAUCACGCGAUGCACAAGGUCCGCCGCUCAGCGUUACUGGCAAGCCUCGAAGAGAAGUUCCCCUGCCGAGUCAAGAAAAGAAAGAGGGUGCUAUGCAAUAUGCCUUAACAACUAUGGAUCAAAUUGCCAAUUGGGCCCGCCAAGGCUCCCUGUGGCCUAUGACAUUCGGCCUCGCUUGCUGCGCUAUAGAGAUGAUGCAUCUUUCGACACCACGUUACGACCAAGAUCGCCUAGGUAUAAUAUUCCGUGCCUCGCCUCGACAAUCAGAUGUUAUGAUCGUUGCUGGCACCCUCACCAACAAGAUGGCUCCUGCCCUACGUCAAGUAUAUGAUCAGAUGCCGGAUCCAAGAUGGGUGAUCAGUAUGGGUUCUUGCGCGAAUGGUGGGGGAUAUUAUCACUACAGCUACAGUGUUACAAGAGGAUGUGACCGAAUUGUGCCCGUAGAUAUCUACGUCCCUGGAUGCCCGCCAACAAGCGAAGCAUUGAUGUACGGCAUGUUCCAAUUACAGAAGAAGAUGAGACAUACAAGCCAAGGUGUACAGCGCAUCGGAAUGGCCACUCCGUGGGUCUCCACCUUCCCACGAACCUGCAGUCCAUUCCUCGAAGAAAUGGACCACAUCCUCUCCACGCCGCUCUCCAAAAUCAUCGCAGAGGGGCCCAAUUCCACCCUCACCGCCACCCCAAACGCUCAACCCGCCAUCAUGGCUACCUCAAUAAUGAUACUACGAGUCCUUGAGCAAGAGUUCGGCUUCGAUACCGGGAAAAGAGUGGAUGUGUGUUUGGGGCAUAGUCUUGGGGAGUUUGCAGCGCUGGUUAGUAGUCGGCAUUUGAAAUAUGAGGAUGCUUUGAGAAUGGUGACCAGAAGGGCGGAUGCCAUGGCCAGAUGCAGUAGGGAUGCCACUAACACCGAAGGCGGGGAGUAUGGCAUGGUCGCACUGGUAUGCGAACCUGACCGGCUGUCGAGUCUGAUCGAAGCCAUACACGAUUUUCUAGGCCAUGGGGUCGGUGAGGGCGGCAGGGCCGAUUCAGCGAGCCACACGCCGCCGAUCGAACAGGUGGUCAUUGCCAACAUCAACAGUAAAAACCAGAUCGUUUUAAGCGGGAGCAUUGAGAAGAUCCACGCGCUUUUGGUGAACUUGAGGCAAUUCGGGGGUCACGAUCCAAGGGCUGUCAGGCUCGCGACCGACUCGCCUUUUCAUUCUCAAAUCAUGGCGCCAGCGGCGAAGAUGAUGCGGGACCUAUUGGACGAGACAGAGAUCGGUUUCGAGCAGGCAUUAUUCCCAUGCGUCAGCAACGUGAGCGCCAGACCCUUCAACAGUGUCAGUCAGUUGAAGGAACUGCUGUCGAGGCAGUGUGUGGAGACUGUCCGGUGGUGGGACAGCAUACGGUGGCUCGACCAAGAGGAGGGAGUGAGGCGUUGGGUGGGCAUUGGACCGGGAAAGGUCGGACGGAAUCUAGUGGGCAAGGAGGUGGGUAUGAGGGGCCAGGAUACGAUCAGAGGAGGAGGAGUCUGGGGCAUUACAGAGCCGAAAGAAGUUGAUGCAUUUUUGAGAGGUCUAGAAGAAACAGAAGGCGUGGAGUGA